AUGUCAUUGUGUGAAUUACCACCAGAAGAAUUGAGACAAAUAUUCCAGAAAUAUUUAGAUGAACUAUAUCGUCUAUUUUAUUAUUAUAUAAAUAUAUCAUUAAUUUAUGCAAUAUCCCAUGCAAGUGAUGAAAAGGAUGUAAAAUAUUAUAUACCAUAUUAUGAAAAAUUUUCACAAAAAUAUAAUGAAAUAGCACAAAAAUGUAAUCUUUAUAAAUGCAGCCCAUAUUGUAAAGAAUUAUAUAAUUUGGGAAACGAAUAUUAUAAUGCUCGGAAUGAAUUUCUUCUACGUAAUAGAAUAUAUAUAAAUAAAUUACCAACAUUAUUCAAAAUACCACCAUGUUUUAAAUCCAAUAAUAAUAAUGAACAUUUGGAAUGUGAAAAUACGAAAUAUUUGAAACAGGAAAAUAAUUCAAAUGAUAAAAUAUUUAACUCACGAGUUUUAUUUUCAUUUAUAUAUAUACUUAUUCCAUUUUUCUUAUUAAUAAUUUAUAAGUUUACAUCCUUUGAGCUUUGGAUGAAUUCUAUAUUUAGAACUGAGAUCGCACUUUCAGACAAAAUAGAAGAAAAUAUUCAAGAGGAAAAAAAUAUUAUGGAAAAAGGCACCGAUGAAGGAAAUAAGGAAAAUCAAGUGACAGAAAAAAAUGGAAAAGAUAAAAAAAAUGAAGAGCAUCCAGAGUCAAAUAAUAACAAAUAA